AGUAAAACGUAUCAGGUUUUCACACUUUCAUAGAAGAUCCAUCUGCGGUUUUCAAUCACACACACUCUCUUCCUCCUUCACUUGCGCUCACUAUCCAAAGCGCCUCGGUUGGAGCUUUACUGCGCCCUCUAUUUAAAGCACAGAAUGUGUGUACGGCCUCCAAGUGCCGCGCGCUCUGCUCGAGCCGAGCGGGCCGCUGCCAAGGCCGUCGCGGCCGGCGGGUCGCGUGCCUCGAUAUCCAUGCGCCCGCGCUCAUGUUCCAACGUUUCUACGGCCUCGAGUAGCUGGUCUCCUACGGGCAUCAACGGGGCUUCACGCGACACAGUCUCGGGCCGCUGGGUCGAGGAUGCGGCCGCCCGUACGUGCGCCAAGUGUGAGAAGGGCUUCUCGCUCGUAAACCGCCGCCACCACUGCCGCGUGUGCGGCGAGAUCUUCUGCCACGCCUGCUCUCGGACGCGCAUGGUGCUGGCCACGAACCCUGGCGAGAUUCCACGUCGCCAGCGCGUAUGCGACCCAUGCGCCGCUCACGCGCACAGCAGCGCUGUUCUGUACGAGGCUGAGGAAACGGCCCUUGGCCCACGUUUCCGCACCAAGACGGAGAUCAGCGAGACUCCCCCAGUCACGGAGGAGCUGCUGCUGGCCAAGGAGAAACAGGAGAACACCGUUGUCAAGACGCAGACCAAGCCAUCGGACGCGGACAGCAGUUUGAGCUUCAUGGUGGCCUCGGCCGUGGGCUUCGCGGCCGCCUUCUGGUUCCUCAAGGACGAGGUGGCCAUGUCCAACCCGGCUAUCUGGAUUUUGCUGGCCGGCUUCGUCAAGAACGUGUACGAGAUCGUGUUGAGGAUAAGCGCCGCCAGACAAUUCACAGACGGCGUGACGGACCUGCAAGAUGCCGAGAAGAUCUUUAGCGGUAUGGAUCUAGACGCCACGGACGACCUGUCUACCACGACGACCGCCACGUCCACAUCGGCCGUCUCGGAGAAGCCCAAGGAGAACAAGUACGCUGGUGUCACGAUCACACCCGCACUGAGUGACGAGCUCAUUGCCAGCUCCCAAAAGUCGUUGGACAAGGUACUGGAACUGGCCAGCGUGGACGUGACGACGGAUUCCGCCUGGACGGAGGAGAUCCCCACCACUGAGAACGUGACGGUCCACUCACGCGACGGCAAGCCGUCCCGCAUCUACAAGUGUGAGGGCGAGAUCCCUCUCUCCCCUGACGAGCUAUUUGAUGAACUGUACACGAACCUGGAGGUGAGCAAUGUGUGGAAUGUGACGGCGGCCGAGAGUAACGUGAUCUGCAAACUGGACGAGACGACUGACUUGGUGCACCUGAUUUCGGCCCCUGCUCUUGGUGGCGUGAUCUCUAGUCGUGACUUUGUUAACACCCGCACGUGGCGUCGCCAGGACGGUGGAGGCUACGUUAUCGCCAACAGCUACGCCGGAAAGAACAUUUUGAAGCCCCAGAAGGGCAUUACUCGAGGUGAGAACGGCCCGACGGGCUGGGUCAUCCUGCCGCACCCGACGUCUCCGUUCAAAAGUCGACUCAUCUGGAUCCUCAACAUGGACAUCAAGGGCUAUUUCCCGUCAAGUGUCAUCCGCAAGGGCUCCAUCAGCGAGGUAUCUUGCUUCGUGCGUAACCUGCGUCGUUACAUUGCUGAGAAGAACGGUGGGGACGAGUUUACCGCCGAGGCUUCAACUGAGGUGCAAUAAAUUGAAAUCAGCCUGCAUCAAAAUCCCAGAAAAAUCAAGACCAAUGACGAGUGAUGUUGCUACUGAACUGAGGCGGGCAAUGCAAGCGGAUCGAACGCUUGCUUCUCGCGCCUCUAGCUCUCAGUUUGGCUCUAGUCUUGGUUCUGUAUCUGUUUGUGUCCGUUUUCUAGUGGAGCUGUCGCGUUCAACGGAAAAUUCGACCAAUUAGCUUCAAUCUACUACUACAACUCAAUCAAGGUCAAGCGAGGUGACAGAAGACAUGAAACCCAGCGACCGCCACUAUCGUGUCACCCGUGAGCUCAACGGAAUGCCGUCGGACGACGCGAUACCUGACAAACUUCUUUUACAUUUUACAUUACCUAUUUGCUUUUUUGUUGGAACGAUGAUACAAUAAAGAAUACUAGCCUUACUUAAUUGUUUAUUGUGCUGUGUAGCAAUGGCUGGACAUGGAGGAUGGUGGAGUUGGAGAUGGCAAGACACUGUUGAUUAAUUUAUCUUAACCUUUUUUACCCAUCAACGCCCACUUUGGCGUUAGUUGUGGGCUUUGUAGCUCCCCAAGGUAUCGUGGGGACAGCAAACGCGUUGACGACAGAGGCUAUGCUGACACCUUUGGCUGAUGGAGGAGUUGUGUCAAGAUCCCGAGCAGUGUUGACGACCUCGACGCCUUCUUCUUCUGUUUCAGAGUCCGGAGAAGUUGUGCGACCAGCAGCAUAUUUCUUUGGAGAAGUUGAUUUGCUAUUCGCCUUUGCAUUCGCGGCUGCAGAGCUGAACUUGGACAUGGCUUUUGAUACAGCGACUGCCGAGCCGAAGGAUGCCAAUGCUUGUGUGCUUGCGCUGAGUGCCGAAGCUGUAGCAGCAAGAUUAUUGCGGUCCCAGUACCAUCCCAUGACUCGGCUCACCGUCCAUUCUGGAACUUCAUCGUCAUCGAGUUCGUCCCAGACUUUACAGAACAAGUUCCUGGUAAUUAACUCUUGGCCCUCGAGCUGUAUCGCCACGUCGAUGAGAGCGUCAACGUGAUCUUCCUUCAUUGCCAUGAGGAAGAGCGCAUCCGUGAAGCCCAGUGAACGUGAGAACUGAGCUCGCUCUUCAGCACGAUCUGCUUCUUGUUCUGAGAGACGGUCCCAUGUGGACAUGACGAUGGCCAUGAAGACAUUAAGCAUGAGGAUGCAGAAGACGAUAUUGCCCGUGUAAAUGAAGAUGGCGCUGAAGAUUCCUCCUUGGUCGUAUAUUGGACCUGGAUCAUACAGCCCGAAGUUGAGCUCAAAGACGCGAAAAAAUGCCCGAGGGAAUGUCGCCCACUCGGUGAAGUUCAAGCCAUACAACAUGUGGCCCGCGAACGAGUAGCCCACAAUGACUGAGAAGUAGAUUGGAAUGAAGGACAUCACUUCGGGCAUUGCGCCGUAGAUACUGCGCAUGAGGCGUCGCCCUCCUUUGGUUACUUGGAAAUAUUUGAGCGCGCGAGCCGUUAGCAACAAAAUGUUGAGAAGGUUGAGACCUAGCAGUAUCCGAUCCCAGAUCAUCAGUGGCAACGGAUUAAUAUAUUCGUCGAAUGUCUUGAGCUCCAGC